UCCAGUGACACCAAAUUUAAAAAUUAUGGAGGAAAGGGAGGUGUUUUAUGAAGAUGAGAGGAAUUCUAUGCUUGCUUCUGAUGUCGAUUCUGAAAUAGAAAAUGAAGUUGAACUUUACGAUGACAUGGCUAUAUCCAUAAGAAACCUACCGAGCGAAUAUUCGAUGGAUAUUUUGUUUUUUGGUCCCCCAGAAGCAUUUUUGAGACUUGAUGCCGAAUCUGUUUUACAUAUACUAACAUAUACAAGGAAAGAAUACAUACCAUUAUCAAGGGUUCUUCUUGCUUGGGAUCUUGUAACGGACGGCAAAACUUCAGCAUACUUGCAAAGAAGAGAACUGCAGGCUUUUGGUAAGCUGUUAGACCACAUACCAGAACAAGAUUUGUUUUAUAUAAACAUGGGAGUGGAAUCUGUAUUUAGAUAUUUCUCAAAUAAUAAAGUGGAUGUUAACGAUCGAACGUUUGGUAUUAUCAUUGCGGCGUUUAGAAGGUAUUUUGGCGAAGAAGCGUACAAAGACCCACAAUAUACAAAUGAACUCGGAUACCUGCUAUGUGGUUUUCCAGUGAAAGAUCUUAGGAAAAUUCCGCCAAAAGUGUUCAAGGAUAUAGCUUCUGAAAACUUGAAGAAAUUAGACAGAUGUAGUAUUGAACAGUUAAAGACGUUAUAUUCCAUAGCUAUUGACUCGGAAGCAUACGGAAGUCCCUACGUAUGGUCCGCAUACGAACUCGCAAAACUAGACAGACUUAUUAAUUGCAUUCCAAGAAAACAUAUAGGUUAUCUCAAACUCGAAGCAAUUCCAGCUAUACGCCCGCAAGUAAUGGAAAAAAUCGAUCAAAAAUUAUUGGCGUAUUUCUCAGACGCCCAGAUAUCAAGAAUGAACUCCAAGUCUCGUAGGGUUUAUAAUAUGCCAUCUGUAAGACAUUAUUCUACCAGUGAAGUAAAUCAAUAUGAAUUGUCCUCAAGACUUUUAUCUCUCACUGAAAAUAACAAAUCUUAUACUCUUACUCAAAUCAAUGGUCAGCGAAUCUACAGGAAGGCUCCUCAUGCCUGGAAUGGACCAGAGCCCUCGAGAAACUGCGAGGUGUUUAUCGGCCGUAUUCCCCACGACUGUUUCGAAGACACUCUGGUGCCGCUGUUUAGUCGAGCCGGCGAUCUGUUCGAGUUUCGCCUGAUGAUCAACUUUUCUGGCUGGAACCGCGGGUACGCUUUUGCUAUGUAUACUACGGAGGCAGAGGCCAGUAAUGCAAUUCAAAUGUUUAACAACUACAUGAUCAGACCUUCUUGGCAACUUGGUGUGUGCCCGUCCAUCAACAACUGUCGCAUCUUCGUCUCCCGCAUACCACCGAGCACGUCGUCUGCGGAGAUAGUCCGGCUGCUGUAUGCGCUGACUGACGAGGUGCAUGAGGUGCGCAUACGCCGCUCCGUCGCCUCCGUCGCUGCUAUUGUAGAGUACAAGUCUCACCGCGGCGCCGCCAUGGCUCGCAAGGCGCUGGUGGCGGCGGCGUCGGCGGCUUGGGGCGGCGGCGCGCGGCCCGCUGUCGACUGGUCGCUGCCGCAGUCGCCGCAGCUGCUGCGACAGUAUAGAGAGAUUGGUCGCUGGAGCCCCGAGCGCGGCGUGGAGCUGACGCGGACGGGCGGCGAGGCGGAGAGUGGGGCUUCGCUGGCGCUGGAGCGCUGGUCCGCCGCGCGCCGCCUGCGCAUGAUACACGAGGCGCAGCGGCAGCGCCCUCGCGAACAAUGGAGCGAUCAGAUGCACAGCAUGGAGUCCCUCAUGGCGUCCAUGUCGACUCUCAACGUUGCCGCCAGCGUGUGGGGAGAGCCCGCGGCCCCCGCGCAGCCCGCUCCCCCCGCCCCGCCCGCCUUUAACCCGUGGACGUCGCGGCACCCGCUAGAGGAGUUUAUGGCGUCCAGAGAUGUUUUUGCGUUGCUUGUCUGGUGACGAAGCGCGUCUCUACCGACGAUGAGGCGCGGCUGGCGCUGCUGCUGCAGAAACUGUCUCGCGAGUGGUCGCUGCUCAACUCCGUCACGUGGGACGGCGCGGGCAGCUCCUUUGCCGACGCCAUAUAU